GGUGGAACAUCGUCGUAAUUCGUAAUCGCUAUAGUUCGCCUAUACUUCGUCGUCGUGUGUGCGCUUUUGUAAUAACCAACCAACCAACCUUUUUUUUUGGACCGUGUGUGUCCCGAAAGAGCCUCGCUGUAUCGCCGUAACGGAAGAGGACGCUCGACAAUACGGUGCUUCUGGCUUUCGACGGACGUAUCCGGCGUUGCUAGGCGCUUCCGGUGCGACGGAAGGGACCCGAUUCGUGGCAUGGAAAUCGCAGCGAAUCCCGGGGAAAAUUGAAUGUCUAAAAUGGACGCAACGUCGUAGUAGAGCGAGGAGAGGUUUUUUUUUGCUCGUAUUCCCGUAGGUGCAAGUGAAACGGCCAAACCAGGCAGGCCAGCAGUGGCCGAACGGCGGUGGCGUGAGUGAGAAGCAUUUCGAGCCUGAAUCUGGCAUCACUAGCCGGCUGUGGAAACGCAAGAGGUGUCAAACUCGAAACCGAACGAGCGGUUAUCAAUGUGUGCGUGUGCCUGCCAGUUUGUCGGCACAUUAGAAGUGAACGAGCGUGAAUGGGAAAGCAACAUCUGCCUAUCGUGAUCGUGUCGGUGCGGUAGCAAGAAAAGAAGGGAAACAAAAAGAAGAAUAGGAAAAAGGUUAGAAGUGAAAAAGUACGAAGAAAGGAAAAUAAGGCGAGAAGUCAGUGGAAGAAAAAAAAGUGAAUAAAAAGUGUACAAGUGGGAAAACGGGAAAGGCAAUGGCUAUAAAUUUAUUAGAUAAGGAAUCUUUCUAUUUUGUUUAAUUCUCAAACAACGUGAGUUUUCGUUUUCGGCUUCGAGGCCUACUUUAAUCAUUGCACCACUGUGCUAAACGGGCAGGAAUAAGUGGAGUGAAUGCCGUGCAGGAAUUAGCGACACGACACGAGAAAAGAGUGAGCAAAAAUCGGCCAGAACGGAAAGCAGCGGAUACAAGCAGGCAAAUCGGCCAGGAUUGGGUUCAAGAAAGUGAAAACGAGAUUAUUAUGGAAAAGGCGAAAGCCUACAUCAAGAACGAAUUGCGUGGGGGCUCCUUGGCAUCGCAUCCGGAGCCCCCGCCAGCCAGUCAGCAACUACACCAAAUUCAGCCUCAACUCGACCAGCAGCAGCAGCACCACCACCAUCAACAGCAACCUCAUGAGCUGCAGCAGUGCAUGCGCCAAUCACCAGCGGAUGAUCCUUCUAAUAUUUGCUACGUUUGCGGCGCCCGUGGUGCCCUCGAUCAGUUCUAUCUCCGUGUCCGGCCGAACCCGGAACGCCCAAAUGAACCUUACUUUCCGUUGCUUGAAACGCACAUCCCACCCAACGGUGUUCCACAGUGGACGCCCGCUCAGGUAGGGGUACGCUCGUGCAAUCUCUGCUUCACCACGUUUGCCCGACAGUGGGACUACCACGAACGAGAGGGAAAACCCAUUUCGCAGAGAUUGUACUGGCUGAAACGAACCGAUGGCAAGAACUACAUUGGAGCGGAAAUGUCCACCCAGGGUGAGUAUGCCACCCAAGUGCUCGGACUGAACCCGGAACAGACGGUUGGGUCGGGCCGUUCGCUGACACCCCAGUCGCAACACAUGAGCUCUUAUGGUAGAAUCGAAAGUCCUAAUAGCUUAGCACGGCCUAGGUCACAGGACCAUCCCGCUGCAGCCGGUACUGGUCUACCCGCGCAGUUUGUCGUAGUUAGGCAUGAUAGUCCAAUUCGGUCCAGUUCGCGGAACGAAUCACCGCAGAGCAAAGCCGAAGUUUACCAUCCAACAAAGAGAUACAUCGAAAAUCACAUCAACAGUAGCGGAAGCUACAGUCAACAAGGAUCGCGGCCUUCCAGUCGAAACGAAAAGAGUGUCACGCCGAGGCCUAUGUCCCGGGAGAAUCCCUCGCCCGUGGCAGCAACUACGUCAGCACCCCCAACAGCCGCUCAGCCUGCGACGGCUUCUCCGGUGCUAGCAGGGAGGUUUGAUGGUAUGAAAUUGUCUUCAUUCGCCCACCACAAGCUGAAAAUUGGCAACUAUGCCAACUCACUAGCGGCGGCAGUUUCCACUACUGCUGCUGCCACUGCCGGUACAACCAACGUCGAUAACAAAUCGUCUUCGUCCACAUCGUCCUCCUUGAACCGCUUGGACGAGGCAGAAGGCGCACUAGAUUUGCGAAAUUCUGCCCUCGGACCGGUUCCGGGUACCGGUACGGACAUACUGGACUUGUCGAUGCCGGAUAAAAAUUCGAUGACGGAAGUGUGCUACGUGUGUGGUGACGAGCAGCGCAGGGGCAGUUUGGUGGAGAUUUCCACCGCAAAAGCGAAGGACACCAAGGAUCAGGAGAAGCCGUACUUUCCUAUCUUCGACGAGACGCACGCCAGGCCUGCCCGGUCUCGACCGAAGGAUCCCAAAGGAAUGGUGCAAGCUUGUAAAACAUGCUACCAGUAUCUGAUCAACCAGUGGCAAACGUUUAACGUUCGCUGUGUUCCCGAGAAUCAGCGUAAGUACCAGAUAAGAAAGCGUCAAACCACGCAAGAGCGUGCGGCGACCUUCGUCUGUUACACCUGCGGUUUCGAUACGCCAUCGUCGCAGUUACGGCUCGUCUACUGCUGCCCCAACGCCGAACGGGAGCCUUAUUUUCCGUUCAUUAAAACGAUGAAAGCACCGGCCAAUGCUAGUCCGAUAAGUCCACAAGGAAUGGUGCAAAUAUGUUCAACGUGCAAUAAGAAGAACGCUCAUCUAGCCGAAGGUGGCACCGUUAGUAAUGUCGAAGAAAGGUAUCCGUCUCCUAUGAAAAUGACGUCUAGUGUUAUGUCGUCAAGUGUGAUAAACGAGGUUGUUCGAUUUAAGCCUUAUGAAUCUGCCUCAGCUCUGUCUGGACCGUUGCGGGACCAGAAAGACUACCGAAGAGAUUCAAGACCAAAUUCACCGCUACACCCUCAAGGACCAGUUGAAAACGGUCAUGUUUUUUCCAGGUGUUACAUUUGUAAGAAAAAUUACCCGCCCCAAUCGAUGGAAUGGCUGUCGACGAGUGCCGAACAUAUGAAUUCGCAUGCAAUGCAUUUUCCCUGCCUCAAAGGCAACAGCGACCAGGGUCCGGGCCGGGUUUUGGCGUGCAAGUCCUGCGUACACAAUCUAACCAUCCAGUGGGAAACGAUGGACGCCGACCGGGUACCGCUGGAGCACCGCAAGUACAUCAUUCCGUCACCAACGCCCAACUCGAUAUCGCCGACCGGUUCCAGUGGACAGCACCGGGCACCGAUCGCACUUACCACGCCCCCGUCCACGCCGGCCGGCUCGAACGCCGGCAGCUCUUCCGUCUACUGUUUUGUUUGUGGCCUACAUUCGGAGUUAAGCUUUGCUAGAUUAUUAUACGCCAAAAGAGAGGGUUCUAGACCAUAUUUUCCUUUUCUGUUGAAGCACAAAUCGCAUCCCAAUGCGGAACAGUUACGCAGUGACAGCUCUGCCCUGGUUUGCACGUUCUGUUAUCACUCGCUGUUGAAUCAAUGGCGGAAGUAUGAAGCUCAAAAUACCGUACCCCCCAACAGUCGCGAAUACAACUUUCACGAUUACUGCUGCCACCUGUGCUGGAUCACGACGUACCGGAAGCGAGUUCGCGCGUUGCCCAUACGGGAGUAUCCCUUCGUGGCGAAUCGAAAAAGUGACGGACUGCUGCUGGAAAACGGUGACUACGCGGUGGUCUGUCUGGAUUGCUACGAAGGUCUGAGGCAACAAUCGGCGGAGUACGACCGAUGGGGUGUCGCAAUCGAGAAGCGCGAGUACAACUGGGUAGCGCAGCCACCUCCUCCGGAGGACAGUCCGGAAGUAUCUGUCGCCCGCCUACCGAGCGGGGAACGGACCGAUAAAGUCAACAAAAAUUCUCAGCUAGGAAUACGGCCUAUACCAAAUAAAAAGAACUGUUCUCCAAAGCAAGCAACCAACGACAAACGCGAUGCGAUACCAACCAAACUAGCGCAGAAGCGUCCAGUCAGCAGUCCUGCGCCGCCAGUUCCUUCGUCCCAACUAUCGAUGCAUCAUCCGUCUUCCGUAUCGCCGCACUCGAAUCACAUUGUCGGUUCGAACUGCCUUCCUCUGAACUCCGUGACGAAUCCAGCUUUAUCAAUACCGCACAGCGCACCGGUUGGUGUGGUUCAACCGUCGCCGAAUCCGUCCGCCGUUCAGAGUGGAUCGUCGGCGGCGGCCAACAGUGGCAGCGGGCGAGGUCCGUUUGCGGCGGCGCUCUGUAAUCUAGCCAAACAGGCAGACGUAAAAGACGACGAAACCGGUGCAGGUGGUGGCGGUGGAGGAGGAGGCGGAGGCCGAGGAGACCGUGGUGGUGGCGGAGGAGUCUCCGAUCGUUCGAACUCGGAUGGUCGGGGAAAUUCGGUGGGAAAUUCCAUGGACCGUCGGCAGGUGGACGUGCGAGAUAUGAGCGACGCGCGAGGAGGCGGCUCACUAUCGGCGGAGGGACGUGUCCGCAGUGGCGAUGGCUCACGAGGGGUCGAUCCAAAGAAGCGCUCAUCGCCGCAACCACCGCCGGAAAAGAUGCAACGUUUGAAUCCUCCCGGUUCCAGCGCGAUCCCAUCGGAGCUGCUGGCCCGAAGUGGUUUCCAACCAUACAGACCGGACGAACGGAUUGCUCACCCGGCGGGUUCUUUUGCGAUGGAUGCGUACGGUGGAUUCGGUUCCAUUCCUGGAAUGCCGCCGGGCAAUCUUUUCAACCCGGCCGCCCUGGCAUACCAUGAUCCGUCAAUCUAUUUGGAUCCCCGGUUCCAGAUGCUGCGGAACCAUGCUGCCGCAGCCGCAGCUCAUCCGCUGUAUUCUUCGCUUCCGUAUCCGCCCAACCUGUACGCCGGUAUGAUUCCCGGAAUGGGAAUCGGAGCGCAAAGUAUUCAUGAGCACAUGAAACUCGAAGAGGAACGGCGAGCCCGAAUACGGGAAGAAGAAAGGGCACGCGAAGCACGCGAGGCGAUGGAGCGCGAAAAGGAACUGAGGGAACAACGGGAGCGAGAACAGCGUGAGAAGGAACAACGGGAGAAGGAAGAGCGCGAGCGAAGAGAGAAGGAACAACGCGAAAAAGAACAAAGAGAACGGGAAAUGCGCGAGAAGGAGGAACGAGAAAGGAGAGACCGGGAGCGGGAAAGAGAACGGGAACGGGAACGAUUAAUAGCGGCAUCGCAGCACAUGAUGCACCAUUCCCUUCCGAGGCCGUUCUUCCCGAUUGGUCUGGCAGCAGGAUUACCGUCGCCGCUGGGACUUCCAAUGCGACCUCAAGGGCCGCUGUCGAUGCAAGGCCUCCCAUCGCCCCACCAUCCGUUGCACCCGUCGCUGAGCUUGGGAAUGGGAUUAGGACUACCACAAGUGCCACAACCGCCGCCAUCGUCCUCGAUGAAUCUGACGCAUCCGCCUCCUACAAGCCUAGGAGGGCAUCCAUCGAUACCGACCAGUUUGGCCGUUUACAGCCACAGUCACAAUCUACCACCAGUCUCGAUCAGUUCCAGCUACCACAUGAGCAGUCUCAAUCUGUCACACUCGGGAUUGGCAGCGGCGCAAAACCUAAGCCUGGGUCACAUUCCUCCACCGGCUCACGGUUCCCUUAAUCUAUCGGCAGUUCCUUCUUCCCCUUCCAUCUCAUCGGCCUCUCAGCAGAUGAACUCAGCCCCGCUGUCCCUUUCGACCAAAUCUCACCAGCAGAACGCUUCUGCAGCUCACUCGCUGCCACCAAUCAGUAGCAGCGCUGGUCUUCCUCCCCAUCAUUCUCACUCGCACCCGUAUUAUUCGUCACCUUCGGUGUCGAUGCCGUCUAUGUCCGGCGUAAACUCCGGCAGUCCGCUUUCGCUGAGCAACAAACCGGUUGCCAACAACAACAACAAUCGAACGACAGCGGCAACUCCUCCGACAAGCUCCAAUUCGGGCUCCAGUUCCGCUGUUGGGGCCGCAUCAGCUACAGUUCCUCCCCGUCCGGCAGUUGUGCACUCGCCUGUCGGACCGCCAAUCCCAUCUGUAAAUAGUACAAACAUCGCUAGUAUUAACAGCAACCAUCAUCCCCAUCCGCACCUUCACCGUCAGGAUUCACCACAGUCGACCUCCUUGGCACCGGUGCCAGCUUCGAUGACUCCCCUCAAGCAGCAAAGAGCUGGUGGAUCUCCUACCCAGCCACAGCAACCGCAGCAACAAUCGUUAGAUAGUUCCAUUCUAAUCAAGGCUCCUACCGCUGCGCAGACAACCGAACUAAAACUAAACCCCGCAGAUGACCGAACUUCCCCGGCCCAAGGUGGCAAACCGGAUGCGGAAAGUAACGGAAACCCUGCUGGAGGUCCAAUCGCCACGUCAAAUGCAACCACGGCGGAAGAACUGAAGACGACCGGUUCCUCCCCACAAACGGACGGUGCGAGCAGCAAGGAAGACAAACGAACCGGCGAUUCAACCGGUUCGUCGGCGGGCAUUGCCACCCCCGGGGAAACACCCGAAGGAGGCGGCGAUAGUAAAACAUCUCCGCUAAAUGGUGGCGGAUCCGGCGCGAGUCCCCCCGGUCCUGGCACGGGAACGCCACCGGCGGUCCAGCAAACUGCUUCUUCAGGUAAUAACGGUAGCAACAACAACAACAACAAUAACAGUAGUAGUAAUGUGAGUAAUAGUAGUGGGCCUAAGAAUAGUGAGCAAAAGGACAACAAAGGAGUAGAGUCCGAAAAGAGUGCCGCUGCUGCUGUUGUUGCCGUCAGCAACAAAGGUACCGGCGUUGCUGCUGGCCCUGUCGAGGGAAGCAUUCCGACGGCUCCAGCCGGUGGUGGCAAACAGGCAAAGCAAAACAGUAACGGCAAUGCGACGGCAGCGGCAGCGGCCGCAACAACCAACGUUGCCACGGUUACCGCUGGUUUUGGCAAAGACAGCCGAUGAUGGCCGGUCGUUCGGCUGACGCCGUUUCCCGGUUCGGGAAUUUGCUGAAACGUUCGGCUAAAAAUGUUUUCAUUUGAAGUCGCCUGACGAAAACUACUUUGUUUGGCGAACGCUCGGGUACUUUUUAAAUUUCAAAACAUCCGAGUUGAACUAAACUAAGUAAGCAUUGACAUCGUUUUGUAAUGUCAUUGUUUUUCGUCACCGCCGCCAAGUUUUUUUUCCAUCGAAAAGAAAGUUCGGAAACAAUGCCGGAACGGGUAGGAUGUGCUUUUCGAUUUGAUUUAAUCCGCGAGUGUUCGAAAAUUGCCGAAAACACUUUCGAGCGGAAGAAAUUUCGUUUACGUAGUUUUCACCGUGAAGUGAAACGUGUGUAUAUUCCCCGAAGAUAAUUGCUCUAUCUUUCGGUUGUAUAAAAUAGGCUCAAAAUUUGUUUGUCCCUAUAAUAGUAAUGGCUAGCAAAAAAGGUAAAUAACAAAACAUCUUAAUUAGUUGAUAAGCGUCAAUUAAUGCUGCUCUGCUUCAAAAUCGGAACAUUUUGGGUGAUGCUGAGUAGAAUGGCAGUCAAGCAGAAAUUUAUUAUAUUGCUCUAAGUAAUAUUAUUCCUAUUACCUACGAUCGUUUAUCAAACAAACAAACAAAACAAAACAAAACAACUUCUAUUCAAAGGAAAAAAUCGCUAUGCUAGAAGUUUAGUUUAGCUCGACACACAUACGCUAGAUUUGUUAGUCUCUUUUAGUUGUUUAUAUCCAAACACACUUACUACUCGUUUACUUUUUACACCUAGCUUAGCUCUAGCAUGUACGUACGGAUGGAUGGCUACCAAUCAAAAGGCGGGAUAAUUGCUAGAAACCCGCAAACUAAAAUAAAAUCAAUUAAUUUUAAAUUGGAUCAGCUUUAAACAUGAAAGGAAGUAAACUAUCAUCCUUUUUGUUAAUUAAAAGCAAACCUAAGCCUAUGUGCAAACGUACAGAUGUAGAAAACUAUAAAAAAAAUUUGAAAAAAAAACACAAAAAUUAAAGAAAAUAUGAAGAAAAGAUACUUCGAAUAGACACAAGCUCACACACACACACACACACACACACAUACAUACACUUGCAGAAGAAUUCAAGAGGACUAAUUUAUGCUUAAUAAUGGUUCUGUUAGUUUUUAGUUUCGCUUGGACUUACGUUUAGAUAAACACUUUAGAACAACAAGAACUAUUAUAACUACUACAUAGUUAGUUUACCGCGCGCGCGCCUGAGAGUGAUAAUCGUGAUGAACCGCAAGAAGAAGAAAAAAAAAGUUUAGUUAUUAUAGGCUAUUGAUACUAGAGUGCGCUCGCUAGCGAGAGUAAUUAUUCUGAUGGUUCUGCUACUGCUGCUGUGCUGUGGUUGGGGGUUAAUGCGGGCGGCAAUGUGUGAAGGGACAGUGCAUGAGACGGGGGUGCGUGCGUUUGUAUGGAAGAACUAUUUGAUAGUUGGUAGUAUUAGAGGAAUACAUUGAAUAUGCUAAAUAUUAUCCCUAGCAGUUGGUAUGGUAAGAAAUCUGUAAAAAUGAAAGAAA